AAGAAAUUAAUAUUCAAUAUUGGUUUUGAAUCUGUCAAAUUCUAUUCACAGAAGCAAGUAACAGGAACUCCCUUCUCCUUUAUUAGUCAAUCUGUCUCUCUUUGUUUGCCAACAAUACAUUAACAUCAUGGCUUUGACAUGAAAAUCUCAAUUGUCAAACCUUGAAGCAUCCCUGCAUUUGAAUUUCUGGAUUCUGUUUCCAAUCUGUUUUCAGGGAUCCAGUUUUCUGUAGAAAAGUAAUGGAAAGAUAUAAAAGCUGAAGGAUUUUUUUUGAUCUUCCUUUAACAUCUAGACUGCUUUCCAAAUCUUAGAACUAAAAACCCAGUUCAAGUUAUUGCUUCUUUUCUUAAACUUUGAUCUGGGGUGUUGAAUCUAUUGAUAUUUCUUCUUUGUUGUUGGUCUGAAAUGGCUCCAAGUUCAGUUGUAGUCACAAUUGGGAAACCUAAUAAGUUCUCUUUUGUAGAGAUCAAUGGCUCAGAUUCAACGUUACUUCUUGAGAAACAGAAAGCAGUUAGUCCGAAGCAGUUUACUUGGUUUCUUCUUCUCAAAGCUCACAGAAUUGUUGCUUGCAUUUCAUGGUUGGCAAUGGCUUUUAAAACGAUGCUUUUAUCAGUCAAGAAACGCAUUGCUUUAUCUGAUGUGAGCGAAGAAGAGGCCAAAAGCAGAAGAUUGUAUAGAUUUAUCAAAGCCUUUCUUUUUAUCUCUAUAGUAGCUCUGGUAAUAGAAAUUGUUGCCCAUUUGAAGAAAUGGAAUUUGAAACUGAUACAGCCAUGGGAGGUUCAAGGUCUUGUGCAAUGGUCCUACAUGGCUUGGCUGUCAUUUAGAGGUGAUUAUAUUGCUCCUUUGGUGUUAACUAUGUCAAAAUUCUGCAUUGUUCUCUUCUUGAUUCAGUCUCUCGAUCGGCUUAUUCUUUGUCUGGGGUGUUUCUGGAUUAAAUGCAAGAAGUUGAAGCCCAGAAUCGAAGGAGAGCCUUAUGACAUCGAGGAUGGCUCAAGUUUCCCUAUGGUUCUUGUUCAGAUUCCUAUGUGCAAUGAGAGAGAGGUAUUUGCACAAUCAAUUGCAGCUGCCUGUCAGCUUGAUUGGCCGAAAGACCGGAUUCUAAUUCAAGUUCUAGAUGACUCAGAUGAUGGAAAUUUACAGCUUCUAAUUAAAGAUGAAGUCUCCAUGUGGCUUGAGAAAGGAGCAAACAUAAUCUACAGGCACCGGUUAAUCAGAACUGGAUACAAAGCUGGCAAUCUUAAAUCAGCUAUGGCCUGUGACUAUGUCAAGGACUAUGAAUUUGUUGCUAUAUUUGAUGCAGACUUCCAGCCCAACCCUGAUUUCCUCAAGCAAACUGUUCCUCACUUCAAGGGAGAUCCGGAGCUCGGUCUUGUUCAGGCUCGCUGGUCGUUUGUGAAUAAGGAUGAAAAUUUGCUUACAAGGCUCCAAAACAUCAAUCUGUGCUUCCAUUUUGAAGUAGAGCAGCAAGUGAAUGGUGUUUUCCUCAAUUUCUUCGGAUUCAAUGGGACUGCAGGUGUGUGGAGAAUUAAGGCCUUAGAGGAAUCAGGAGGCUGGCUUGAGAGAACAACAGUUGAGGACAUGGAUAUUGCAGUUCGAGCACAUUUAAAUGGAUGGAAAUUUAUCUUCCUUAAUGAUGUAAAAGUGGUUUGUGAGUUACCCGAGUCUUAUGAAGCCUACAAGAAACAGCAGCACCGCUGGCAUUCAGGUCCAAUGCAGUUAUUUCGUUUAUGUCUUCCUGCCAUCAUAACUUCCAAGAUAUCGAUGUUGAAGAAGGCCAACAUGAUAUUUCUUUUCUUUCUUUUGAGGAAACUUAUUCUUCCAUUUUACUCAUUCACAUUGUUCUGUAUUAUUCUUCCAAUGACCAUGUUUAUUCCCGAGGCUGAACUGCCCCUUUGGGUAAUCUGUUAUGUCCCCAUUUUCAUGUCUCUUCUGAAUAUCCUCCCUGCCCCAAAAUCUUUCCCUUUCUUGGUUCCUUAUCUUCUCUUUGAAAACACAAUGUCUGUCACAAAAUUCAAUGCCAUGAUAUCAGGAUUAUUUCAGCUUGGAAGUGCUUAUGAAUGGGUAGUAACCAAGAAGACAGGUAGAUCAUCUGAAUCUGAUUUAUUGGCCUUAGCUGAGAGGGAAUCAAAAUCUUCAAAUGAAGAGAAAAUCCUCAGGAGGCACUCUGAAUCUGGUUUGGAAAUGUUGAAUAAACUCAAGCAACAAGAAGUUACCCCUGCAAAGAAGAGAAACAGGCUUUAUAGGAAAGAGCUAGCACUUGCUUUUCUUCUACUCACUGCAGCUGUAAGAAGUCUAUUAUCUGCCCAUGGAGUUCACUUCUACUUCUUGUUGUUUCAAGGCUUGACUUUUCUAGUUGUUGGUUUGGAUUUGAUUGGUGAGCAGAUUAGUUAAAAAGGACCACCAAGAUUUCCAACUUAUUGUUUUUUAGUGCAUAUACAGAGUUUGUACUGACUUCCAGCUCUAUGACAAUUUGGCUUGGAUUGGAGCUGGAUGUCAACACAAAUAGUAAAAACACUGCUAUCUUAAUUAUUAGGGCAGGACUAAGAGAUAAAAGUUGAGUUUAUUGUAUAUUUUACCUCUAAGUAAUCUGUGUAUGAAUAAUAAUAAUAAUUCACUAGAAAAUUUUCAUUUCAAUUUUCUUUAUAUAACUUUGAAAAGAAUAUGCUUCUAUUACAUGGAGCAUGUGGUUUCUCCUUGAAGGAAUUACAGCAAGAAAUACAGUUUAUAUCUGUUGAUCAAUUUGUUGGAGCCAGGUCCCUUUUUGCUAGAACUAGAAUGAAGUAUUAAAAGGAUUACAGUAUAUCAGAGUACAAACAGAUCAAGAAGCCAAUUGGGACAAACCUCAAACCAGGAAGGAGGUAAAUUCUAUGCCAAAGCCCUGCUAGCCAACCAGCAAGCGGGCUUGAUUGAAGAAACUAGGGUCCCCUGGAGAGUUACUAGCUGGGAACCUGUAUGUCCACUGUCUGAUUUCUUUGACAUAAUCCAUGAAUCCUAAAACUCACCAUAGUUCUAACUUGGAAUAUGCCAAUUGCUCCACCCUUUCUGUCUUUGAUUUAAGUACUUCCUUAGCGUGUUAUGGUGGAAUGGCGAGUUUCUCUCACUAACCACAAACUUAAAGCCAACUUUCUAACGGCUGGUAGAGCUACUCGCUAGCCGCGUUUUUUUUUAGGUUUGUUUCCACUCCUAAUUCCUAAAUAAUUC